UCGGCUGGAAUUCCCAUGGCGUCUCUGAUCUGUCUGAUUUAUUUUUGUUAUUAGAAUACAAUUGUUGUUUGUUGUUUUCUUCUCAGUGUAUCUCUCUUGUGUUUCGCAUUGUAUCUUCCCUUUUGUAUCUUUCUUCCAUCUUCGAUUUGAUCUCCUAUUCUGGUUGUUUGUGUACAAUUUUAUUAUUAAUAUUAUUAUUAUUAUUAUUAUUAUUAUGUGAGACCUGAUAACCAUUUAUUAGCGAGGAAGAGGGUACGUUAGCUGUAAUGACCAGAAUGCUACUGAGCUUUCCGGCGAUUGGCGCCGGAGUCGUUAUGGGGAGAUUGUUGCCGGACUGGUGGGAGGAGAUCGACGAAUCGGCUGAGUGGCAGGACGGAAUAUUCUUCACGCUCUGUGCCGUAUAUGCCCUCGUUUCAUCCGUCGCCCUUAUUCAACUGAUAAGGAUUGAAUUGAGGGUGCCUGAGUAUGGAUGGACUACUCAGAAGGUUUUCCACCUGAUGAACUUUAUAGUUAAUGGAGUACGCUCUGUUGUGUUUGGAUUUCAUAAGCAAGUAUUUCUUCUGCAUUUCAAGGCUCUGACUUUGGUGCUUCUGGAUCUUCCUGGCUUGUUGUUCUUUUCUACAUAUACACUUCUUGUUCUUUUCUGGGCCGAGAUAUAUCACCAGGCCAAAAGUUUGCCAACAGAUAAGCUAAGGAUUUUCUAUAUUGCUAUCAAUGGUGUAAUUUACUUCAUUCAGGCUUGCAUCUGGACAUACCUAUGGAUUGACGAUACCCGCCUCAUAGAAUUCAUUGGCAAGAUAUUCAUUGCAGUGGUAUCAUUUUUAGCUGCAUUAGGGUUCUUCCUCUAUGGAGGAAGGUUAUUUUGCAUGCUGAGACGCUUCCCCAUUGAAUCUAAAGGAAGGAGAAAGAAACUUCAUGAGGUUGGAUCUGUAGCUGUAAUAUGCUUUGCAUGUUUUCUCAUAAGAUGUUUCAUGGUUGCGCUAUCAGCGCUUGAUAUGAAUGCAUCACUCGAUGUGCUGGAUCAUCCACUCUUGAAUGCCAUCUAUUACACGCUGGUGGAGAUAAUCCCUUCAGCACUAGUCUUGUGUAUUUUACGAAAGCUACCUCCAAAGAGAGUAUCGGCGCAGUAUCAUCCCAUCCGCUGACGGUCGUAAUAAUUUACAGUUAAUGCAGAGAAUCUACAAACAGGUAUUGUUGGCAACAUCACCACAAAUUGAAAGGGAGCUCAGAUCUUUUCAUGUCCUACUAAAAUUUUCAAUGCCUUGAUUUAUUAUGAUUGAAUUGAUUUCUUUCCUCUUUUUGAUUAAAUUCAGGAUCUGUUGGUCAUUGCUGAAACUUAUACCAUAUAGGAUAUACAAUUAUCUCCGGUGAUAACAAAACAAUAUGUAGUGAUGUACAUACAGAUCUUGUUUUCAAAUAUAAAGUGUUAAUUGUGAUGAUGAAUCAGGUAAUAAAGUUUUAUGCCCUCUCAUUCACAUUUAGACGAUUUA